AUGAGCGCACCUACCUCGAUCGGGCUACAGAGCCCCGGACUCCCCCCUUACUCUCCCUCGACAGGACUCACGCCCAAGCUCCGCGGUAGCCCGUCGACCUGGAACUUGCGCCGUUACGACUCACCGCCGAGCUCUCCCAUCCCGAUGCGCCCCAGUCAGUUCGGUACCUCGGCCACCCUCCCCACCUCUGCCGCGGACUUAACACCUGCCGGAAUGGGGUCACCCAUUUCUGGCAGUGAGACUCUCGCACCCCUCAACGCCUGCCACCACAUCCUAGAGGUCAUCGUCAACUACGCCGAUCGCGGAACGCGUGCCACCCUCCUUCGAGUCAACAAGACCUUCUUCGAGAUCGCCGGGGAAGCACUCUACAAGAGUCUGAUUCUAGGGGAGUUGGAUUGGCCGUGGAUGGUCCUACGCGGAUCCCUCAUUAACAGGGACCAUACUAUCCGUCGCUCAAUCGAGAUGUUCCGGCACUUGUACCGCUGCUCCUCUGGCGGGAAGGGAUGCGCGACUGUCAACGUCCUUUCCAAACUCGAAGUUGAAAACGAGAUCACUUUUGCCUCUCGCCUCGACGGUUUCCGCGCUGAUAUCUUGGAGCAUUGCGGGCCCGUAAAGGAUACAGACGCCCUCGCGAGGGGUGUCUUCUCCUCCUUCGACCAGUUCCUUGGCCUCGUCGACGGCGAUGGGGAUCCUUACACGACCAACUUCAAGACAUCACUUCUUCAGUACACACGCGUUGUGACACUCAAUUCACACGAGCCUUGCUUCUGCGGGGCCUGGAAGCCACACCUUCGCGCCCUGUUCCCAAACGUCGAAAAUUGCCGCUUGGGUGAUGUAUUCCUCCCUGCCGCUGGCGCCCAUCACCCUUGUAACCUCCUGGGGACAUUCCCUUCGGGUGGAGAUGUCAUUUAA